AAACUGUCUGAAAAGACUCAGACAACCAUUGCUGAUGCAAAUCAGAUCGCUGAAGAGGUUUUGUCCACCAUGCGAACAGUAAGAUCAUUUGCAUGCGAGCGACGAGAGGCGGAUCGAUUUGAGCAUAAACUUGGGGACACAUUGAGAAUGAACAGGAAAAAGUGGGUUCGCUCGAUUAUUUGGGUUUGGAUAGCCAUCGCUUACAUGGGUUACUCAUGGAAUACUGAGUUUUGCGACAAUGCUAUUUUGGUAGCCGUACUAUAUGAUGACUACCGAGGACCUAAUCAAAUUUCUUCUCUACCAGUUGCAACUCGGCGAAAAUUUAUAUGUAAGUCAUCUCAUAACGUUUUCAAUGCUUUCACAGCUCUUAUUUUUGCUUUCUCUCGUGCUGGGAUGAAGCAGCCGAAUACCCUUAACAUCGGGUACGUUAUGACUGGUCUGAUGGAAUGCGUUGGAGCUUCCAGAAAGGUGUUCGAAUACAUGCUGCGUGACCCAGAAAUUGCAAAUGACGGAAAGAGAGAACCACCCCUUGAAGGUCAAAUCAAGUUUGAGAACGUGUACUUCACUUAUCCUUCAAGACCGAAUAAUAUUGUGUUGAAGGGUUUGGACCUAACUAUACGAGCGGGCCAAACGACGGCAUUGGUAGGACCAAGUGGUGGAGGAAAGUCUUCGAUUGUAGCGCUGAUUCAACAUUUUUACGAACCUGAUAAAGGAACAAUUACCAUAGAUGGUGUGAAUGUGAAAGAUAUCUCUCACAUGUACUACCAUCACAAGGUCGCCAUGGUGGCCCAGGAACCAGUGCUGUACAACGGUUCCGUUCGUUACAACAUA